AGGGCACGAGCCAGAAGCCCUAUGUUUUGUGACUAUCAAGAUGACAGGCAGAGCCUGCAGCCAUUCAGAAGCUUUCUCCACUUGAUCUUAGCCAAAAGGCCAUGAAGCGAUCAGAAAUUUUCUCAACGAUUAAUUUACCCACUUCACCAGUACUUAGGGCAUGGACUGAGCCAGGGCCUAUGCUAUUGAAAAGACCACAGUCUAGCAGAGGGAGACAGACAGUAAAUAAGUAAAUGAACACUUGGAAACCAUAUUGGUCUGCACACUGAAAGUGCGUGGGGACAGGAAAACAGAAGCUCCCAGGACGCGCAGGUCACGUCCAGGUCACAUGCAGGGCGAGUGACGGUUUAUCUCCUAGCCAAAUUAACUUCCUGUUUCCUCAUCCAGCCUCACCUUCUCCAAGAAGCCGAAAACAUUUUCAGCCGCCAAUUUUUCCUUGGCAGGACGACAGGGUGCCCUCUCUUCACCUGCAAUCUUUCCCAGGCCUUGCCUGGGGCUCCACGUACUCACUGCAAAUGCAGGUCCCAGAGCUGACCACAAGGUGCCUGCUCCCGCGACAGCUUCGCGCAGACCUGAGCGCCCAGUGCAUGCAGAGCUCCCGGCGUCGUGGGAGAGGGUGGCGGGAAGGCGGGCUGUGCAGCACCUCCGGGUUGGGCCGCGGAGGCUGGGCGGGACUCAGCCUACCGUAUAAGAGGGGAGCGCCACUGUCCCGGUCGCAGUACUGAAGGUGGCGCCCAGCAGCGGCCUAGAGGCUACCGGCACUGAGCUUGCAACCAGAUCCAGAGACACUGAAGAAGAAAGGCGCACCUCUUCUCGCCACUCCUAGCCCCAGCCUCCAAGGAUGCGGCUCCUCGAGAAACUCUGCUCCUCGGCCGCAGGCAGCUCCGCGCCGAAGCCCGCCUUCGCCAAAGUGCUCACGCCGAAUCGCAUCCCCGAAUUCUGCAUCCCGCCGCGGCUGCCGGCGACUUGCGCGCUCGAGUCUCCAAUCCAGGCCGCCGCCGUGCCCCGGCGCUGCGCCGCUGAAAGCGACCUGUGGCCCCGCGCGGCAGACGAGGACGCCGGCCUCACGGACUGGGACCCGCGCUCGCAGGCAGCGCUGUCACUGCCGCACCUGCCCCGUGUGCGCACCGCCUAUGGCUUUUGCGCGCUGCUCGAGAGCCCGCACACGCGCCGCAAAGAGUCGCUCCUGCUCGGGGGCCCGCCCGCGUCCCGGCUCCGGGCCCACACCUACGGCGGCGGCGGCGGCGGCGGCCCGGACGCCCCCCUGGGGACCCUGUGCGGCCCGCGAGGUCCAGGCCCAGCCACCCCCGCGGCCCCCGGGGGUCCCCGCCUGCCCCAGGACGCGCUCGCUCCGCGGCGCCGCCGCUGCCGCCUCCUGCGCGUCCCCGACGGGCUGCUGAGCCGCGCGCUGCGGGCCGGGAAGAGUCGCCGCCCGGCCCGUGUCCGCUCCGUCUCCAGCGGGAACGAGGACGAGGAGCGCCGCGCGGGCUCCCAGUCCCCGGCCCGGAGCCCCUCCUCCAGCCCGCCGUCAUCCAGGACCCCGCUUCCUGAGCGCCUGGAGGCCGAGGGCACUGUGGCUCUGGGCAGCGCUGGCGACGCCCUGCGCCUGGCCGCUGAGUACUGUCCGGGAACCGGGCGCCUCCGCCUCCGGCUGCUCCGCGCCGAGAGCCUGGCCGGAAGUGCCUCCGGGCCCCGCGCCGUCCGCUGCCGCCUCAGCCUCGUCUUGCGGCCGCCGGGCACCGCGCGUCGGCAAUGCAGCGCUGUGGUGGGGCGCAGCCGCAAGGCCUCCUUUGACCAGGACUUUUGCUUCGACGGCCUCUCGGAGGACGAGGUGCGCCGCCUGGCCGUUCGCGUCAAGGCCCGGGAUGAGGGUCGCGGCCGGGAUCGGGGCCGCCUGCUGGGCCAGGGUGAGCUGUGCCUGGGCGCGCUCCUGCUGCUCUGAGGGCCCAGCCCUCCCCCGGGGCGCUCUGCCCUGGAGACUCCGGACACUGACAGCCGCCGUUGUACAAAAUAAACGUUAUUUAUUUUUUUAUUUA